UCGAGUUGAACUCGGGCGAUACCAACUGCGCAGGAGGGUUGACACUCACUCGGCUUAAAACCCACACUCAGUCGUAAUAGAACCACGCAAAACACCAUCGAACAUUCCGUAUUGUUUUAUUAGGUCGUUUGACGGUUUAACACCCAAAAAAAACUGGACGCAAAUUCUUAUUAAAGUAAAAAAAAAAAUUUUAACACGGAAAGUUCAAAGUUGGUAUCGCCCGGUGACGUUUUCGCGCCGACUCACUCCUCCGCCGUGCUCGUAUCUCCGGGGAUGGAGACGCCGCGUGGUGUGCGAGGCUCCUCGCGGGAACUCGAGUCCCAGGCGGAGCUGCGAGAGCGACUCUACUCGGCCUUCAAGAGCCGAGGCCUCCUCACUGCACUAAAGACCCACGUACGGGACCGCGUGGUCCGUGAGCUGCGCUGUCCAGGCGAGUGGAAGGCUCCUCCGGGCCUGGUGGAGAGUGUGGCUCUCAGCCUCGUGGCUCAGCACCUGGGAGCCACGGCCUGCGACUACUCGCUGUGCCUCCUGUACCCAGAGAGCGGCCUGCAGCCCCACGCGGUAUUAAAGCCGGAGGAGGUUUUGCGGGUUCUGGGUUUGAGCUCGGAGCGCUGGGCAGCACGGACAACUGCUGCUGCUGCUGCUGCUGUGGGCAGUGCGGGAGGAAGCCAUCCGAGUUUGUUGCUCUGGCUGCUGGAAGAGCUCUCCGAGAGAGCGAGUGGGAGCGGUGUUCGCGAUGAAGAGACGCAGACCAGCCCUGAGGAGCGAGCGUGGGGCGAAACACUCGGGGAGAGGCUUCGCUGCAUUGACCGCGAGUUUUCGGCGGCUGUCCGAGACCCCAAGGGAGCAGUCGGGUCCGGACUGCACCGGCUGGAGCUGCAGGUGGAGCGGCGAGUCCGAGAGGAGGUGGACACCAGGGUGCGUGAGCUCACGGAGCGUGAGGCGGUGCAGAGCCAACGCCGGGGUGGUGGUGGUGGUGGGGAGCGGCAGCAGCAGCAGGAGCAGCAGCUGCAGCAGCAGCAGCGUCACCGCCGCGAGGAGCUGGAGUGGAGCCACGCGGCCUCGUCCAAGCUGUGGCGCCAACGCCAGGAGGAUGAGGAGCGGGCGCUGUACCAGGAGAGGCAGACGCUGCUGAGAGAAGCCGAGACUCUGAGGGCGCGAGAGGCGCAGCACCAACUCCACGUGCAGAACACGGACACCGCCCUGAGUGAGAGGGAGCGGCGGGUGCAGAGCGCCGAGGGGAGACUCGGGGAGCGGGAGGCGGCGGCCAUCGCCCUGGAGGAGACGUUCUCCCUCCGACUCCAGCAGCACAAGCUGGCGCACGAGGUGAAAGUGCAGCAGGAAUUUCAGGAGCGAAAUCUCCGACUCGCCCAGCGGGAGGAGAGGCUGGCAGCGUCCGACCGGGAAACCCAGAAGCAACUCCAGCAGCUGCAGGAGGCUCGCUCCACCAUCACUCACCUCCAGGCUGAGCUGGCGGAGGCGAGGGAGGCGGUCCAAACGGCGACGAGGAAAGGUGAAGAGACCAUCGCCGUGGCAACAAGGAGGGGGGAGGAGGCAGUCGCCGUGGCAACGAGGAGGGGGGAGGAGGCAGUCGCCGUGGCAACGAGGAGAUGGGAGGAGGAGAGGGAAGGUCUGCGGGGAGCCGUGCUGCGUCUGGAGACGGAGCUCAACGCGGCGAGAGAGGAGACCUCACGGCAAAGACUCGCACGGCAGCGGGACUCGGACUCACAGGUGGAGCGGAUGUCGACUCUGAGGAAGGAGCUGCGACUCCAGCAGGAACACAACCAGCUGCUGGAGAGGCAGAUCACGCUCACGGCCGGAGGUCCACGAUCACCACCCCCACCUCCACCUCCUCCACCCCGCCUCGCGCGCUCUCCAUCUCCGGACUUCCUGGCCGAGUCUCAGCGGCGCGUGCGACAGCUGGAGCUUCAGGCCCUCAGCCUGGAGGACGCCUACAGGCGCUGCGCUACAAACGCCACCGCCACCGCUACGAGCUUCGCCCAAACAGAGCGGGGCCACCAUCUCCACCGCCACCAGCACCACCAGCGCACCACCAGCGUGUGGACAGGGAGAGGGGGAGGGAGAUGGGACCUGGGGCUGGGAGCUCGGGCCGAGGGCGUGGGAGGGGAGAGACGCGGGGAGGAGAGGGACACGGGGAUGGCGGCCGCGUGGUUAGAGAGAGACGAGACGGGGAUAGGGACAUGGACAACAGGGACGGAGAGAGAGAGAGGGCUCGAGAUGGACAGGAUAGUGAUGGGGAGACACAAUACAGGGACAGAGAGAGAGACAUGGAGAGAGAGAGACAUGGGACUAGAUGGACAGACAGGGACAGAGAGAGAGACAUCAGGACCAGAGAGAGAGACAUGGAGACAGAGAGACAGAGAGACGUGGAGACAGACAGGACUAGAUAGAGACAAGGGACUAGAUGGACAGACAGGACGAGAGAGAGAGACAGUGAUAGAGAGAGAGACAUGGAGAGAGAGAGACAUGGGACUAGAUGGACAGACAGGGGUAGAGAGAGAGACAUGGAGACAGACAGGCCGAGAGAGAGACAAGGGACUAGAUGGACAGACAGGACGAGAGAGACAGGCAGGAAUAGAGAGGCAGGAGCCGGGGCUACAGACACGGAUGGAGAUGCACGGUUGGGAUACAGACGAUGCAGCCCAGGCCCAGGGGAACGUGGGACUGGGCACACGGGGACAGGAGGGGAGACACGGACGAGAGAGAGAGAGACGGAGCGUGGAGAUAGAUGGAGAGGGGGAGGAGGUGGUGGAGGUGGAGGAGGUGGUGGAGGAGGUGGAGGUGGAGGAGGUGGUGGAGGAGGUGGAGGAGGAGGAGGUGGAGGACAUCCGGAUGGACUGCCCUAUCACCCCUGGCGGCGGUGAAAACCAACGCUCGCUCGACCAAUCGGAGCGGAGCGAUCGUCACGACCACAUUCAAUCGCGUCGCGACCAAUCGGAUGGCGUUGUUCGCCUUGCCGUCGACCAAUCGGAUCGCAGCAUCCGCGUCGACGGGGACCAGGCAGAUGGCGGGCCGCAUAACGCAGGCGACCGAUUGGAUGGCGCCGAACCACCCGCUCUCGACCAAUCAGGCGGCUCCUCCCGUGCAGCUGACACUGAGAUGCGGGGCGGUAGCAGCAGCAGUGGACCACAGCCCCUGGCAGAGGCCAGCGCGGAUCUAGGGGUUGCCCAGACCCUCCCGGAGAGCGAGGUGAUGAACACAUACCUGCAGAUGGUGAGAGGCGAGUCUCAAACUCCACCGCCACCUGGCGGACUUGGCUCCCUGUCCGUGGGGAGCGAGGCUGUUGUCUCCAGAGACAGUGUCGACACGGCGUCACACGGAGAUGAUGACUUCUGGUGACACCAACAUGAAGACUCGAACACACACGACAACACACAAACCCACUAACAACAACAACACUGAGUAGCGGUGACCUCACCAGGGUGCUGUGUGCCAGGCCAGGUGCAUUCUGACGCCACGUGAAGUGUCAAAGGCUCGCAGGAGGUUAUGGGACAGACCCUGCAGGUGCCAUGGGUUGACUGACUCAGAUACACCACCUGCGCUACUCACUGUGUCAACUUUCUGGAGUUUAUCCACCCGGCGCUCCGCUCGUUGUUGUGAGCAUUGCUGCCUCUCUGCUCUCCGUUGUUGUUGGAGGGCGACUGCCUCCUUCACGAGCCUCCUCCAUAGAGGCAAGUCCACUCAGCUCCACGUCGUCCUGUGCCGCAUCACUCCAUCUCUUCUCAAGCCGAUACGGCGCCCCGUUUAGCCCCCUCUGUGCGGCCAAACAGAGGCUGCUUGGGUAUGCGGUGGUUGGGCACGCGGGUUAUGUGACCCAGCCAACGGAGCCUUGCCUACUGGAGCAGCUGACCGAUAGGACUAUUUCUAGGUCUUCUUGGUUCUUUCGGUAAAGUCACGUAGAAUGGAAAUACUAAAAUAAUAAAAAUA